AUGCAGCGUCCGGCGUCAUUGGCGCUGCUGGGCGCCGUGUGCUGGACUGUGGCUGCUGCUGGCAGCGUGCCGCGCGGAGUCGGGCCAGAGUUCGUCUCCUACUACCAGAACAAGGACUCCUUCACCUGCAUCGCCAACCCCUCCAUCACCAUCCCCUGGGACCGCGUCAACGACAACACCUGCGACUGCCCCGACGGCUCCGACGAGCCCGGCACCGCGGCCUGCGCCUUCAUCGACCCUCUCUCCCCCGAGCAGCCCCUGAUUGGCAGCCCCUCGGGCACCACCAAUGCCACCCGCUCCCUGCCCGGCUUCUGGUGCCAGAACAAGGGCCACAUCGGGGCCUACAUUCCCUUUUCCUACGUCAACGACGGCGUGUGUGACUACGACGUCUGCUGUGAUGGCACGGACGAGCACAACCAUCCCACCGGCAUCAAGUGCGAGAACCGCUGUGGGCCGAUUGGGAAGGAGCACCGGCGGCUGGCAGACGAGCGGAAGAAGAACGUGGCCAGGGCGAUUGUCAAGAAGCAGGAGAUGAUCAAGGAGGCCAAGGGGCUACUUCGGCUGGCUGAGGCUCGCAUCACGGCGCUGGAAAAGGACAUUAAGGACCUCUCGGCCCAGAAGGAGGAGCUGCAGCGCAAAUACGACCAGGUGCAGAGCGAAGAGCAAGGUAAGCUAGUCAAGAGUGAAGGCGGCGCCGGCGGCAAGCUCGGCGUGCUCGUCGGCCUCGCCAAGGAGCGCGUGGAGGAGCUGCGUGAGGCUCUCCGGCUGGUGACGGAGGACCGCGAGGUGCUGCGCGGCAAGAGGGACGAGCUCGAGGCGAUCCUCAAGCAGCUCAAGGACGGCCACAACCCGGACAUCAAGGAUGAAGGAGUCAAGGCUGCGGUCCAGGCGUACGAAGACUACGCGGCGCGCGAGGCGUCGGCCGACCAGUUGGAGUUCCUCGAGUCGGACAUUCGCGAGAUCCUCAAGGAGGACGACGAGACCAACGGGGUCAACUGGAAGGCCUUUGACGAGCUCCAUGAUGACACUGACAUUCUUUACAACUUUGACGCCUACAUCCCCCCGUUCAUCCGCGGCGUCAUUCACGACAAGAUUCGGGUCAUUCGCAAGUGGCUGAUGGACAAUGGCAUGAUUGCCGACGAGGCCAAGACCGGGUCGGAAUCCAGCGCCGCCAGGGCUGCCAGGGAGGCGGUCGAGGCAGCCGACCAGGAGCUCGGCAACAAGGAGAGGGAGCUCCAGCAGGAGAAGACGGACCUCGACAAGGACUACGGACCGUCUGGCAUCUUCCGGUCCCUCAAGGGCAAGUGCGCCGAGAUUGACGCCGGCGAGUACACGUACGAGCUGUGCUGGCUGGACAAGACGAUGCAAAAGUCCAAAAAGGGCCACGCGGCGACCAAUAUGGGCAACUUUGAGCGCAUCGAGAUUGCCAUGGCGGACGAGGACGAGAGGGUCGACGGCAAGAGCCUCGGCAGCGGGCCGCGGAUGGUGCUGCGGUACGAGAACGGGCAGACGUGCUGGAACGGCCCCCAGCGCAAGACCAACGUCUGGCUCGGGUGCGCGGAGAAGGAGGAGAUUUGGAGGGUGACGGAGGCGGAGAAGUGCGUGUACAAGAUGGAGGUGGGAACCCCGGCGGCGUGCGAGGACGAGGAGCCCGCUGCUCCCAAGGACUCGGGUAAGGACGAGCUGUGA